UCACCAAGCUGAUGUACGACUUCCAGAGGAACUCCACCUCUGAUGACGACUCCGGAUGUGCACUUGAGGAGUACGCCUGGGUUCCUCCAGGCCUCAGCCCUGAGCAGGUGCAUCAGUACUAUAAUUCCCUUCCAGAAGAGAAGGUCCCCUACAUUAACAGUCCUGGAGAAAAAUAUCGCAUCAAGCAGCUGCUUCACCAGUUGCCACCACAUGACAAUGAGGUACGCUACUGUAAUGCCCUGGAUGAGGAGGAGAAACGAGAGCUCAUACUGUUCAGUAACCAGCGAAAGAAGGAUAACUUGGGAAGAGGCAAUGUUCGGCCCUUUCCGCAUAACAUCAGUGGAGCGGCCUGCGACAAGUGUGACACUCAGAUAAACGGAGGGGACAUUGUAGUUUUUGCUGCCAGGGCAGGGCAUGGAAAAUGCUGGCAUCCCCAUUGCUUUGUCUGCUGCACAUGUGAGGAACUGUUAGUGGACCUUAUAUACUUCCACCAGGAUGGCAAGAUCUAUUGUGGCCGGCAUCAUGCGGAGAAGCUGAAACCUCGCUGCUGCGCCUGUGAUGAGAUUAUCUUUGCUGAUGAAUGCACCGAGGCUGAAGGAAGGCACUGGCACAUGAAGCACUUCUGCUGCUAUGAGUGUGAGACCACUCUCGGGGGCCAGCGCUACAUCAUGAAGGACGGCCGUCCACACUGCUGCAACUGCUUCGAGUCUCUCUACGCAGAGUACUGUGAUGCAUGUGGAGAACACAUAGGUAUUGACCAAGGCCAGAUGACAUAUGAUGGGCAACACUGGCAUGCAACUGAGGAAUGCUUUUGCUGUGUCCGUUGCAAACGCUCCCUGCUGGGGCGUCCCUUCCUGCCCAAGCAGGGACAGAUCUUCUGCUCUCGCUCCUGCAGUGCUGGACAGGAUCCAGAGGAGUCUGACUCCUCAGACUCCGCUUUCCAGAGUGCUCGGUCCCGUGAGUCUCGCCACAGUACAAAGGUUGGGAAGAAAGAGCGUAAGAAUGCUGAACAGGAGCGCCGAAACGGCGAAGCUCGCCAAAAUCCACCUCCACCUUUGCCAGAUCGUCUUUCUGCUGAAAUCGAUCCCCUUUCAGUUCAGAUGGAUCGACUAAGCCUUUCUUCAAGCCAGACUCCAAGCAGGACGCCCAACCGCACACCAAGUCGCACUCCAAGUCGUGCCCCCAGCCUUAAUCAGGUAUGGAUGAGCAGAGAUGAACCCUACAUCCCUCCCAACUACGAGGGCCCACAGAGGGAUCCCUCCCCCACUUCAGCGCCGAUACAUCUCUUGGGUCAGUGUAAUCCCAGGCAAGGAUACAAUCUCAACACAAAUGCGGCUGGCCAAAAUCCUCCCAACCAAGGGAAGAGGCCUGAUUCUUGGGGUAAAGAGCAGGGUAAUGCUAAGAGGACCCCUAUGGCUGCCCUGAGAGGGCACUCCUUCAAUGAAAACUGGAUCCAACACAGCCAAGAUGACUUCCGACCCAAAAAGCUCCGUACCCAGAUGAGCUUCAAUGAAAUGUCUAGCCAGAACCAAGGCUUCUCUGACAAGAGGAGUAUCAGUCUGCAUGGAUUCCAGAGAAACGGUAGACCCCCACUGACCAGGAGGAACCACAUCACUGCCAUGAGCUUUAACGAGCCCCUCACUCCUCUAGAGCAGACCCCUCGAGGAUCCAUGGACUCGCUCACAAUGUCCAAUGCUACAGCAGGAAACUCUCUGGAUGGAGUAACUAAGCGCCAGGAACAUCUGUCGAGGUUCUCCAUGCCUGACCUGAGCAAGGACUCUGGUGUUAAUGUGUCAGAAAAAAGCAACAUGGGGACCCUCAGCUCCUCAGUCCAGUUCCACAGCACCGAGUCCCUGUCGUCCUCUCGUCCGUAUAACAACAACAUGUACACUCCACAAAGAGUUGGCUACCCUCAACAGUACUGGGACGGCCCACAACAACUCAGCUUUGAUGGAAAAGGACGAGUUGGAGUGAUGGGUAGCAGUGGUAACCUACGGAUGACCCCCAUGAGCGACAGAAUGCCCCGCCGCCGCAUAAACGGGCAAGAACCUGCAUCUCAGCCGCAGCAGCCACAACCAAGGCACCGUAAACACCAUCGCGGAAGCAACGGGCAGCACCGCAGCGGUCGCCACCACAAGCGUUCUCGCCGUUCCCGCUCUGAUAACGCUUUGCAUCUGGUGGCCGACCGUCCCACUCAAAUGGUGGAGCUUCCUUACCGCCGUGUCCAAGAGGAUUAUGACCGUUUCCCCGCUGGUCAUGCUGCUCGAGAGUUUUUUGGUCUGGACCCUGGGGGUUACAGGCAGCAGUCCCAUCGGCCUUGCCCACGUACCACUUCCGAUCUUACCUUGCAAAAUGCAGGCUGGCAGCCUGUGGGACUGGGUGGGCCAUGUUGGGGCGAUGGGUAUAUGGAGGCUCCUGAUCCUUGGUGUUCCAGCUGCUCUUCAUCCUCCGAAUCCGAGCCAGACGAGAGUUAUUUCAUGGGUGAACCAAUUCCUCGGCCAGUUCAACUGUGUUACAUCAACAACGAGGAGCUGCGUCAUCGCUACAGCCCCUCUGGGAUGGCUAGCCAUCAUGGACCUAUGCACGGACCAGUUCAUGGCCAGAUGCACACCCGCCAGAGGAGGAAGAGCAAAAACUGCAUAAUUUCCUAGUUUUAAAGCAAGAAGACGAGGAAGGAUGUGAAGGAAAGAGAUUAGAGAGAAAAACCAGAUGGUGGAGGAAUGCAGCAGAGAAGGAGCGGAGGGAAAAAGGUGAGAUUGAGAUAGUUGAAAGUGAGAGUGAACAGUGUGUAUAUGCGUGUAUGUGUGUGCAUUUGUGUGGUAGGGUUAAAAAGGAAAAAAAAGAGACACAUUUAUUCUGCUUGUAAGCUUACACAACUCUACACUGGAUAGUGUUUGUGUACACCUACACAGGAUGAUCUAAUAACAAGAGGAAGCUCAGCUGGCUUACACAACCCGAAUGUUUACAAGAAUGAAGAUCAUCACCAAUGAUGGUACCCGAAAGCACUGAUGGAUAUGACCGCUGAAUAUAAUGUGGUCACGGUGUAUAACAUGAUGUAUGUCUGUUUGUGAGUUUAACAGUGUCACAGAGAGAUUAUUUUCGGUCAGAAAAGGAACGUAAAACUGGUCAAACUGCAGCGUUUCUGCAGUUUAGGACGCAGCUCAGAGACUCAACUCCUGAGCAGUCAACUUAUUUAAUGUAGACAAAUGAGAAAUUGUGUUGGGAUAGUAAAAGCUAUGUGCUAGAUUCCAGGCUGUGUCAUUGUUUACCUCAGUGGAAUCCAAUUGCUGCUGGAAUAUAGUGUUGGCUUGCUAGCCCUCCUAUCACCUUGUACAAAAAAAAGUCUGUUGAACUUUGUGCUCUACAUAGCCAGCUCUCCAUGCUUUACCAAGGACAGGGCGCUCGGCGGCCUCUGCUCCUUGACCAUUCAGGCGCAGUAACGUCAGGUAUGGUCCCGUUAUCUCUUCUGCAACAUGCUUUGUUUUUGGAAGUUACCUAUGGAUUGCUACCUAUACCAGUAUUAACAAUAAUAGUAGUCAAAUUAACAGUAAUGAUAAUAAUGAAAAUAUGAAAUAUUAAAGAAAAAUACCUGUUAAAUGUAUAUAUAGAAUUAAAUAAUAAUAAUGAUAGAUGUAAUACUGUAAAUGUUUUGUACAUAUAGUCUUAAAUAUUUAUAUAUUUUGUAACUAAAGAAUCAUUAUUUGUAUAACAUGGUAGACAUAGGGAGGUUUGCAUGGUAAUUUGUUGUUGUUCUCUCAUACUGAAAAAUAAAGUGUACUUCAAACAAGAA